AACAGGAAAAUAAGGAAAAGGAAAAAAAGAAAAAGAAAAACAGAAACGAGGGAAAAAAAGACAUGGCAACAAAUUUUCUCUCAACUGCUAACCCAUUCUGUCUACCAUCUUCAUCAUCAUUCUCACCUUCUUUGUCAUUAGCAACACCAGCAUAUGUUUACCAACCCAUGAAAUGCAGUGUGAAAAGGCAAUUAACUCUUUGCAAAGCAGUUAAUGAGGCAGAACUAUGUCCUCCAAGUCUUACCAAAAGAGGCAUAUCCAUCAGUAUUGUCACCAGCUUUGUGCUUUCAUUUGCUGGUAAGGGCUGCCUUGAUGCUAAUGCUGCAAUACUUGAAGCAGAAGAUGAUGAGGAGCUCAUGGAAAAAGUAAAGAAGGACAGAAAGAAGAGACUUGAAAGACAAGGUGUGAUCAAUUCAUCCACCAAAGAAACAGAGUAUCUUCAGGACCUGGUCUACAAACUAAGUGAAGUUGGUCAAGCAAUUGAAAACAAUGAUCUACCUACAGCUGGUUCUGUCUUUGGGAAAGGCACUGAUACUGAUUGGGUCCAAAAAGCUAAUAUAGCUUUGAAUAAGCUGAGUUCCAGUCCUGAAGAAAAGACUGAGGUGGACAUAUUCAAUUCCUCACUAGCUUCAUUGGUUUCAUCAGUUUCUCGGAAUGAUGUUGAAUCCUCCAAACUUGCCUUUGUUUCUUCGGCCAGUGCAUUUGAGAAGUGGACCUCCUUAACAGGGCUGGUUGUUCAGCUUAAAGGGCUUUGAGGGAAGCUACAAGACAUUUUAUUUAAUCUCGAAAUUUAUUGAUAUAGAAAAUUCCAUCAAUUUUACCUUCCGGGUCACCUUAUUGGUGUCUUGGAGAAAUUCCUUCUCAGCUUUACCUAGCAUUACUAGAAAAAGGCCAACAACUCAUCAUUUGCUCCUUAGGAAGUUUAAGCUUGGGUGUUAAUAGUUCACCCAAAAUUGCAAUUUUGAUGACAUUGAGAAUUUGACGAGAUGUAUUAUUUUUGUUCAUCGAACAGUGCAAUUGGAAGGACUUUAGAGGACGUUUGGCAAAGGAGAAUUUUU